AUGGCUCCUCCAGCGAAGCUGGAUACUACCUGGAACUCCAAGGAUACCCGGAUCUACUACGCAAAGAAGUACAGACAGGUCCUUUCAUCGGCUCCCGCAUGCGCUUUGGCUGUUGCCGCAGGCGCUCCUUUGGAAAACAUCAAGGUUCGAAUGCAAUCACACCACUUCCGAAACGCUUUUCAAGCAACCAAAUACACCUACACUACUGAAGGUCUUCGUGGCUUCUGGGCAGGUACCCUGACUCCGCUGGUUUCAAUCACUGUGUCAAGAGCCCUGGGUUUCUCGAUCUAUCGAAAGGCCAAAUACACCCUCGACAGUUGGAUAGAAUCCGUCACUGGUCGAUCUCCCCUGCAACAUGUCAACAAGCCAGGCACCUAUCCUGAUCUAUCUACCAUGACUUGCUUUACUGGCGCAGGCAUGGUCUCUGGUGGUGUCACUGCUGUUGCCCUCACUCCUGUCGAAUUGAUCAAGAAUGCUACCCAAACUUCCGUUCUCAUGGCCUCAAAAGGCAACAAUACUGGUCUUGGAGCAGGAGGAGACAAGAAUUUUGGCAGAGUCAGCUCUUGGAUGUCAAUGAAGCGCGUCAUCGCACGACAGGGAGUUUUGGGCUUGUGGACUGGCUUCCGUCUUCACUUGCUUCGCGAUGUCAUUGGCAGUGGCAUCUAUUUUGGCGUCUACGAGGCAACCAAGCAGUCAUUGAACUCAUACUACGGCGCCGAGACCGCAAAUCCGGCUGGUUCUGUGGCAGUGGCAGGGGCAAUCUGCGGCGUUGGCGCCUGGGUCGUGACGUAUCCUUUGGAUACAAUGAAGACUCGGGCACAAAACAACCUCGUUGGCGCCAGUCGCGCUCCACCUCCCUCCUCCGGCCCCAAUGCCUCUGCUGCUUUCUCUGCGGCUUUGAACACUGCUGCCAAGGCAGCCUCGCGCUCCUCGAAGUGGAAGGGCGUUGAAAUGAUCAUUCUGCGCUCGUCAAUCCAGAACAUGAUCCAGAUGUCGUUCUUCGAGAAGGCCAAGGCUGUCAUCGACGACUUGAGCUUCUCCGACGGGAGUCGGACCCUGCCGGAGGUGGAGCGGCAGUUUGGCCGGGACAAGAAGCUGUACAAGAAUGAUCAGCUGUGA